CCGUAUACUGUCGUAUUCUUUAAAUGCGUCACUUUUUUUGAGAAACGCCGAGAAGUUUUGUUAUUUCGCGUUCUUAUAAGCGUAUAUCGAUCGCAACUAACCCACCAACAAUAUAAGCAAAAGGAAAGCUAAUCGAACAAAACAAGAAUAUGUCGGGAACUACACAGAAAUACAGAAAUUUCAUAGCGGAGCCUAUGGGACAGAAAUCGGUGACAGAAUUAGCCGGAAUUGGUGAAACGCUUGGCGGUCGUUUAUCCGAGGCAGGCUUUGAUAAGGCUUACACCGUGCUCGGCCAGUAUUUGGUGCUGAAAAAGGACGAGGAGCUUUUCAAGGAUUGGAUGAAGGAUGUUUGUAAUGCGAGCUCAAAGCAGGCAUCCGAUUGCUAUAAUUGCCUCAACGAUUGGUGUGAGGAAUUCUUGUAAUCGAUCUUCUGCGGCCUUCUGCAUAAAAAUCUCUGGACAAUGCAAUUAAAAACAAAAACCACAUUCUCCACGCUAUAAUAUUCGAUGCAUACAUAAAUAGAUUGUCCACAGUAACGUUAAGUCUCAAUUAAAUGUAUAGCGUCUUCUCUAAUUUAAUAAACGUUUAUUAAUAAGGCCAA